AUGCUUGGUUACUGGAUUAACACCGGCAAAAGUUCUGAUCUCCAACGCAUAACGCCCUGGCAAAGCUUUUUGCAACCCCGCGAAACCCUGAUCACAAGCAAAAGUAUUCUAUCGGCAGCUGCGUUCUUUCCACACUAUAAACCUACAAAGACUACAGAUGGCUCGGCAGCUGAGGCCUCGACGGCAGCACCCCCAGCAACAACAACAAUCGAUAGUAUAUCUUUUGACCACGCGGUUACACUGGCGAAGAUUAUCACUGUCCCAACCCCUCAUCUCGUCUGGGUCGAGCAGCAGGUGAACGCGUUACGACUGCAUCAUCACGUGGACUUGAGGCAAAUAACACAACAGCGCCUAGUCACACAAAAGGCUAGUGAAGAUCGCUCCUUGUCAAAGGCGAACCAAAGCGAAACCAGCGAGCUAGACCAGGUCACUACACAGUCCCAACUGCUUCACAGUCUUCUCAAAAAUUCGCCGCAGCUUUUCAACGACGAAGACACCAAGGAGGAAGACUUCGUCAGGUUCAGUGUUCUGUUUCUGUUGUUGACAGGCGUGACCGUGACGACUGCCGACGUGGCCUCGGAGCAUCCCAGUGUUAUUAGCACAAUGAUCACUGUGGUGACCGGUAGUUUUGCGUCGGCGCCCAACCACACGUUACUUGAAUGGGGCGAAGAAGAGGUGCCUCGAAGCUACGAGGAAGCCGGCGUCCUCGAAACAGCCGAUGGCAAUUACACGCUGCCGGGCGGCCCACUGGCUAAAAUUCCAGAGAUCGGGUUCAUUAUUACGGCUGUACUCGUUACGCUAAUUAUGAUCGUCAUCGUUGUCGGCAAUAUGCUUGUCUGUAUCGCCAUCGCGACUGAAAAGUCGUUAAAAACGACCCAGAACUGGUUCAUCGCCUCGUUGGCGGUCAGCGAUUUUCUUAUCGGUUUGGUCAUCAUGCCGUUUUCUCUUGCUCGUGAACUAAUGGGUUAUUGGAUAUUUGGUGAGAUUUGGUGCGACAUCCACGCGGCUCUCGACGUCUUGAUUUGUACAGCAUCAAUCAACAACUUGUGCUUGAUAUCGCUAGACCGCUACUGGAGUGUCACGCAUGCUGUAGAGUAUCUUCGAAAACGCACGGCGUCCCGAGCCGUCGUGAUGAUCUGUGGAGUAUGGCUCCUUUCAGCAUUGAUAUCAUUGCCACCGUUGAUCGGCUGGCGGAAAAUGUCCGAUCAAAAGAACUCAUUGCCCCAGUGUUCCGUUUCAGAGGAUCUUGGCUAUGUCCUUUAUUCGGCUUUGGGCAGCUUCUAUAUACCAGCUGUCGUUAUGGUAUUUGUCUACAUUAAGAUAUUUCUAGCGGCACGAAAACGCGCCCGUCGAGCAAUGGAGCGCAAAAAGACACUGGCAGCCAGAAACAAAGCGGCGAUUGCCGCCCAACAGCCACUCGGUACACAGCACAGUGUCGAAUCAGCGUGUGAAAACAACUCGCUCCGAAGACGCGGUGGCGAUAAGAAAUUCUCACCACCCCCGAUCGUAAUCGUGAACACGGAAGCUGAAGAGGGGUCCCCUGAAUCGGACGGAUCAAGUCCACCGAUUUCGCCCGACGUCGAUACUAUGGGAGCUUCGGCCGUUGAGGCCGAGCACAGCCAUCAUCGAGAGCAGCUUCUUUUGAGGCGGGAGCCCCGCGAGCUAACCCAGUUAGCCCAGGCCCAUGCGAGCAGUAAUAUUAAUAAACUGGCUUUGCAGCAUCAGGAACAGUUGGAGAAAGCUCGAUUAUUAGCAAAACAACAGCAAACACAAGGUACCGGUGGAAUCAUCACGAACCCGCAAGCAACAAUGACAUCAGCAAUGGGACUGCUGCAGCAGCAGCAGCAGCAGCAGCAGCAGCAGCAGCAACAGCAGCAGCAGCAGCAGCAGCAGCAGCAGCAGGAUCCAGUCGACUCCAUGAAAAUUUCAGUGGCAGUACGUGCUGGAAAUGGAGGGGGUCCGGUGGUUUACUGCGGGGGUACCGGUGGGGUUGCUGGGGUCGGGGGUGGUAAUAAUAAUGGUAGUGUGACAACAGGCCGAGUGAGGAUUGCGGGUGGUGCUUUGACAAACGUGGUUGAAAAUCCCAACACGGGUGGACACGCAACGAGUGUCGGAUCAGCAGCAACAUCCGGAACAAUAAAUUUGGAUUGCGCAAGUGCCGCGGGGAUAAGCGCCGCUAGUGUAGAUGGCAACGGUGAUACGCUGCUCUUCUGUGCAGGUUCAGAUGCAGGUGUUGGUGUAGACGGUGCAGGUGUUAGCAGUUCUUGUGGUGUGGCCGGUAUAGGAAGUGCAGUGGUAAAUGGAGCAGCUGGUGUCAGUGAUACGACAGUGAUGAAACAAAACAACAAGAAUAACAACAUUAGGAAUCAACAUAGCAACUGCUACCAAACUAACAACACGUUAGCGGCAGGACGAGAGGAAGGUGCGGCAUCAGCAACAAUUGGUAUUGCUACGACUAAUAAUGCCACUAACAGUAAUGCUUCAAGUAGUAAUAACAUGAACGUUACUAAAACAUCUACGCCUAAUGUGACGACAGUGCCGAGUUUGACUAUUUGUGCUCCAGUGACGCUCACGGCUUCAAGCGUCGAGCCGGAUUCUCUGAGGCCGCAGGCAGUUCGCCAUUCCGAUGCGUGCGGAUCAGAAAUGAGUCCUAACAGCGUGACCCGUAAAGAAGGUGACGAUGAGGGCUAUAUCAGAGAGCCAACAGAGACAUUAAUUGUGGACACGUAUAACACGGCCGAUCCUCGUGGCCUUGGAGGGACUGGUGAUUCUAUAAGUGAGGUGAUGAUGGCGGCGACGAGUAACAAUAACACGGACGGAAACGGGAGUUGCAACGCGAGCGCGACAACAAUAGUUGGCGCUGAUAUCGGUAAAAUGCACAAUCCCGUGCCCUCUACACUCCAACACCAGCAGUUCGCUACCAGUCAUAUAAACAAUAGUAAUAACAGAGGCCACGAAAACGGCGUCCAUGGACACAAACUGUCGAUUUCGGCGGUAGCAGUGCCUUCAAAUGGUGGUGGGACGGUUUCAGAAGCGGACGAUGGUUCACAGACCAACGACUCCAACUCUUCUCCGCCACCUUCCCUCAAUCAGCUGUUACAUCAUCGGCAAUCGCAGCAACAUCCCCCGCAUCAUCAUCAUCAUCGGGAGCAGCAAGGAGUAGAUCUCCCUUACCAAGGUCGCAGAUGCUCCCUGAGCGACAGUCCGAAGUUGGCUCUAGCAGAACAAAUGACGACGGCCGGGGGUGGUACAAACAACAACGCUGCAUUGGUUGUCGCAAAACAGCGACGAACACAGACGGAAGCUGAACGUAACCGCAAAAAGAUUGCCAAAGCCCGGGAACGUCGGGCAACGAUGAUUCUCGGACUUAUUAUGGCAGCGUUCAUUUUAGCUUGGCUUCCGUUCUUCCUGUUCUACGUCCUUGGCGCUCUCUGCGAGGCGUGUAAAGUUAACGAGACGCUAUUUGCUGUCGCGUUCUGGCUUGGCUACUGCAAUUCGGCGGUCAACCCCAUCAUAUACACGAUCUUCAAUCGGGACUUCCGAAGAGCCUUUCGAAAGAUCCUAUUCAAAUAGCCAGAAUCGACAAGCUACAUGCGGGAGAAAUCAUCAGUAGGGACUUCAGCAGUAACUACAACAACAACGUCCACAACAACAACAGGACAGGAUUAAACCAGGCAUCGGAGCAUUAGCUAAUUAUUAGGCAACGAUCUUCUUUCAUGGAACCGGACUCGUAACCUUUACGAAGCAUCUGUACCGACUGCAGAGGAAUCAAGAAAAACGACUAAUAUACCGAAAAAAAACUCAGCAACGCCGCAUGGCAUGAUUAAUACAAAUGUCUAGCUUCUAACCAUCGCAAUGCCCCGUUGCAAAUAACUUGGCAAAAGUUCGCCAGUAGAAAACAAAAGACUGUCUUUUCUGAAUGUCCGUGAUGAACAGACAUAGUUAAAUAGGCUUUAAUGGUGAUAAAACAUUGCUGGUACUAAAAUUUUUUCAGCUAGAGAUUUAUUGAUGAAAGCUGUUGUACUAUAAGUCUCACAUCAAAGAUUCGAAUUGCACGACGUAUUUGUUAAAUGCCUGCCACAUCCCCUGUUAUAUACACUGAAUAGGAAUAAACCGAAAGUAACAAACAGUUAUAUACAUUAAAUAGCAGUAAAGGCUAAAUGAAAAGUACUUCCUUUUUUUGAAAAUGGCAAAUGGGUCAAGCUGCAAAUAGAUAUGCGAAAUCUUCUUGUUUCGUGGUGGGAAUCCCGUGCGUUUCCCAUCACAAAAUAAGAAACGCGAAAUCGUUUGUCUGGGCAACAUGAUCUGCCCUGCGUCCAUUUGUGGACAAACUGGACACCAUCUCUGCUCUGGACAUUACGGUUUGGAUAUACAAAAGACCAAGUAGUCGAAAACAACGGCGUCUGUUACCACGUUUAUAGCCCUUACUUCUACUAUGAGAAUACUGUAGUUGUCUCGUAAGUCGACCGAACAUAACGUGACAUGGCAUAUCAAUACUUUAAUCACAACACAACGCGCAUUACGUGGAUAUCCGCGUUCGUCACAAUCCGCUGACCAUCUCCAACAAUUUGAUUUGUUGUAUCAGUUAUUGGUGUGAAAUAUUUCCAGUAAUCUGUAUAAUCGGUGCAAGAUUUUUGCUCAUUCAAUCUAACAUGCAAGCAAUCGAAAACAUCAAAGGACAAUACGUAAAAAUAGGCCAAACAAGAAUAAGAUAAAGUAAGAUGUUAAUUUGCCUUUAUCCGAUGUGCAUACGGAAUCGGCAUCAGCCACACGGCGUACUGGAGUAUUCGUUCAUCGUAAUAUAUUUAAUGAUAGUCUUAUACAUAUCGAAACGCUUUUGGUGUUUCAGUGAAGAUUCCAGGGUUGAACUUACUGCGUGACGAUGUGUUUAUUUUGAUCACCGUACUUAGCUGUCUUAUGAGCUUCCAAUGUUCCAGAGAAAAAAAAAUUAGUAUCAUGACAUGUCUAAUCAGUUCAAUAAUUAAUCAGAUAUUGAUCCAUACCUGUUACUAGGUUUCGCCAGACGAAGGCGAACAAGUUGAACUUCACCCCUUUGAAUACACCCGCCUUUCGAGACUAAAACGGAGAAAGAAGCAUAACGCACAUUUUAUGAACUUUCGUCUAGUACGCCGUGACCCGUAGCACACGUUGGGUCAUACCUA